UGGUGACAUCUAUCGAAAAGUCAGGACGGAAGAAUGGCAGCAGCGAUGGAAAUAGACGACGAGGUACAAUCAUCAAAUGCUGCCGAUAAAUCAGGGAGUAAGAAGAGGUUUGAAGUAAAAAAGUGGAAUGCUGUAGCACUGUGGGCUUGGGAUAUUGUUGUGGACAACUGUGCUAUUUGUAGGAAUCACAUUAUGGAUCUCUGUAUAGAAUGCCAAGCCAACCAAGCCUCAGCUACCAGUGAAGAAUGCACAGUAGCCUGGGGAGUGUGUAAUCAUGCUUUUCAUUUCCACUGCAUCUCCAGGUGGCUGAAGACCAGACAGGUGUGUCCUCUAGACAACAGAGAGUGGGAAUUUCAAAAAUAUGGUCACUAAUUCAUCUCAACUUUACCCAAGAUUAAACAAGCUCUUUUAUAUUUACCAGAAUGCAUCAUUAAAGAAAGACGGUGUACAAAUCUGGGGCCCUUUUUUUUUUUUUUUUUAAUAUAUAUUUACAGUAUGAGGAAAGCACUAAGAGGUUGGGUGGGUCAAUAUGUUCUCUGAAAAGUAUCCAGAAGGAAAUAAAAAAAAGGAGCUAAUAAUUAUUUCAAAUACUGAAAUAAUUAUUUCAAAUACUGAAUUACUUUAAAAUAUAUAACAUUAUCAGCGUACUUGGUGAUUGCUCUACAGUUAUGAUUAAAGCCAUUUUUUUUAUUGUCUUUUAAUCAACUUGAUGGUAACAGCUUGAUAGUUAAUGCCAUUAGGGAAUUUCCAUCAAAGUGAUUUCCAUGUUAGUCAAAAUACCAAAUGGCUCAUGUGAACUUGUGUAUAUGUUUAUUUUGUAUCUGGUAUAUAAACCUAUACCAGUUGAAAUAAAAUCAUUAAAGAGGA